CAUUCCUUGUUCCGAUGAAAUAAUUUUUCAUUUUUCAUCAUUCAUUGUUUUCCCUCUCACCUUCUCAUUGGAGGGAAAACUCCCAAAAAAUUUUUUAACAAAAAGGAGAGAACACAACACAGCUUAUUUCAUUCAGCUUAAAUUAAUUUAGGGUUUUAGUCUCUUCUUUCAGCUUAUUCUCCCCGAGAUUAUUCUGUAGUAAUUUGUUUUUUGCGAGAGCUUAUUGUUCGUGAUUUCCACACCAGGAUCUCUGGAACUUUAUUUGCUGCUUUGAUUACGCCCACAAGGAGUCAACCAGGUUGACAGUCGUACAACAUAACUCUCAAAGUAAACAUGCAAACAAAGAAAAAGGCCUCCAGGCGAAAUGCUAGCCGAGAGUGCAAUCCUCCCAGGGUUUCAAGAACACAGAGGAACGCCUCUGAAAAUGGCCAAGUGGUUGAAAAGAAAGUGGCCGAUUUAAUUACAUCUUCUGCUAGAAAGAUUAAAUCUUCUUGUGCUCUUGAGGAUAAAGCUAGAGAGCCAACACCCCUAACUCUUCUGAAUGAUGAAUUCAACUUUGUGGAGAAUGGGGUUUCCAAUAUUUAUCCGGGAAAUGAAGCAGUUGAUGGUGCUUCAGUAGAUUUUAUGGGUUGUAACAAGCAAGCUGUACCUCUGGAGACUGGAACUAUAUUUUCUCCUGCGUUUCACUUAUCCAAAGGUGCUGGUGGAAAAGUUGUUGACAGAGCUGAUUUUGUAAAUUUUUUUCGGCAUGACGAUCAAAAAAGAAGUUCUCUAGACCAAGAAGUAAUACAGUUACCACAGGAGGAUGCAGGAGAUGGCCAUGUUAGCCAAGAUUCUGACUCUGCCAUGGAAGUAGACAUAAACAAUUCAUCAAAUAUGAUUUCUUUAAGCACAAAAACUGUGAAUGAUUGCAAUUCUGAUUUUGAUGGAAAUAGUUUUUCCGAGGAAGUUUCUACCAUAUAUCAUGCCAUGAAUAACUCAAAGCUGGAAUGCGUUGAUGAGCAUGGUCAGGAUUCUAUAUCUACUGAUAUGUGCCCAGAGGACGAUGAAAUUGAGGAUUUUGAUGAUUUUGACCCUUACUUAUUCAUAAAGACCUUACCAGACUUGUCAAAAGUUGUUCCUACUUUUAGACAGAUGUUGCUACCGAAGCAGACUCGGAGUUGUCCUCCAACUACUCUUGUCCUGGACUUGGACGAAACUUUGGUGCAUUCUACCCUAGAGCCUUGUGAGGAUGUAGACUUUACUUUCACCGUGGAUUUUAAUCAAAAGGAGCAUAGUGUCUAUGUACGCUGCCGUCCCCACCUAAAAGAUUUCCUCGAGAGAGUUUCUGGUCUUUUUGAGAUUAUUAUAUUUACAGCCAGUCAAAGUAUUUAUGCUGAACAACUACUAAAUGUGCUUGAUCCAAAGCGGAAAAUAUUUCGCCAUCGUGUUUUCCGUGAAUCCUGUGUUUAUGUGGAGGGAAAUUACCUCAAAGAUUUAACUGUGCUCGGCCGUGAUUUAGCACAUGUUAUAAUAAUUGACAACUCCCCACAGGCAUUUGGGUUCCAAGUAGACAAUGGAAUACCAAUUGAGAGUUGGUUUGAUGAUCGUUCAGAUCAAGAAUUGCUGUUAAUACUUCCUUUCUUGGAGAGUUUGGUAGCAGUUGAUGAUGUCCGGCCACUAAUUGCAAAAAGGUUCAACCUCCGGGAGAAAAUUGCUGCAGCUGCACAUCCUCUCAAUACAAAUAGAAGGGAUUUUUUGUCAGAAUAAACUGUGCAUCAAACAAUGUUUAGGAAAGAAGAGUACUUUUGUAUGUUAACAUUCUUGUUAUAUUAUGAUAUUAUUAAUUAAGAUAAGCAUUAUCUUUGCUGUUGAAAUUGUAAUGAUAACACUGAACCAGAAAAGGGUAAGAUAUGAGAGUGUAAGCACGUGUUGUGAGUAGACUAGUGCAGAUGCUUUGGUUGAUUAUCAUCCUGGUAAUAAAUAUUCCCCAAUUGAUUAAUUAUCUAUAUUUCCUAAG